CGCCAUCAUGCACCUUCAUCCGUAUCCCAGCCUUUGUCCACGGACCCACCCUGCUCCUACCCUGCUAUGCCCUGCUCAACUCUACCCUCCGGCGCACGCAUCAUCACAUUGAAUUACGCUGACUUUAUUUUGCUGUACAGAGCUCUCUUCGUGAAGAACCUGAGCUUCAACGUCACCCCAGAAGAGCUUUUCGAUCUCUUUGGAAAGUUCGGCCCCGUGCGCCAAAUCCGCCAAGGCAUCGCAAACAACACAAAAGGCACUGCAUUCGUCGUCUAUGAAGACGUAAUGGAUGCGAAAUCCGCCUGCGACAAGCUCAACGGCUUCAAUUUCCAGAACCGAUACCUUGUUGUGUUAUAUCACCAGCCAGAGAAGAUGAUCAAGGCAGCAAACGACCUCGCAGAGCGCCAAGAGAACUUAGAAAAGCUCAAACGUCAACACGGUAUCGAUUAG